GGAUGGCACCAGUGGCACUCUCUGGUCCAAAGCCAAAGAAAUGAAGAUCCAUCAUCCAUCCCUCCUAUAUAUUCCUUCUUCUUGAUCAUCCCCCAGCCUCUCUGUAAGGCCGAGUUUGCAAUAAACCACCAUCCAUCCAUGGCCGCUAACCCUCCCUUCUUCCUUACCUACUUCUUCUUCUCCCAAUCUCUUCUUCUCUUGCUAUCUUGUUCAAAUGGGGUAGCUGCCAAUGGAGGAGUGACAGAACAGAGCCAUCACCAUGUCAUUGGGGUCAAUUCUUUGCUACCAACAACGGUUUGUUCCUCAUCUUCCAAAGGUGCAAAGCGCCCUGGACUGUUGCAAGUAGUUCACAGGAGUGGACCCUGCUCUCCACUAGGCCAUGAGAAGACAACAGAUCUCAGCUCUGAACAAUUCUUCAUCCAGGACCAAGAACGAGUCGAUUCCAUCCACUCUGCACUCUCCACAGGAGACGCUCUACAAGAUUCCAAGGUCAGUAGCAGCAGGCUUCCGGCCAAGUCCGGCCGCUCUUUGGGGACAGGGAACUUCGUAGUUACAGUCGGCUUUGGCACUCCCAAGCAACAUCUCACUCUGGUAUUUGACACUGGUAGUGACCUCACUUGGAUCCAAUGCCUUCCAUGUAGCCACUGCUAUCAACAAUCCGAACCCAUCUUCAACCCAUCCAAGUCGUCCUCUUACUCCAACCUGCGAUGCAGCUCCACCCGGUGUUCCAAACAAAGCUCCAAGUCCUCAAAUUGCACCUCCCUCUGCAAGUAUAUCAUCCAGUACGCCGACAACUCCUACUCGAGCGGACUCCUUGCACGAGAAAAGCUAGCACUGACACGCUCGGACGUGUUCCCCAACUUCAUAUUUGGUUGUGGCCAAGACAACGGCGGGAACCUCGAUGCGACAGCCGGGAUCCUCGGCCUGGGACGCAGCAAGGUGUCUCUGGUUUCUCAGACAGCGGCCAAGUUCGGAAGAAUCUUCUCAUACUGUCUCCCGCCCACGUCGAGCUCCACCGGGUACCUUGCUUUUGGGGACCAAGCUGGAGCCUCCUCUUCCUCUCUCUUGUAUACACCACUGUUGACUGACUCGCGUAGGCCAUCCUUCUAUUUCAUCAAACUGGUAGGGAUAAGUGUUGGGGGUCGGAGAUUGACUAUCCCAUCAACAGUGUUUACUUCUUCUGGGACCAUCAUAGACACUGGCACUGUCAUCACUCGCCUCCAGCCUUCGGCCUAUGCGGCUCUCCGAUCAGCUUUCCGGCAGGCAAUGUUGAAUUACCCGUCUGCUUCAGCAGUUUUUCUAUUCGACACAUGCUAUGACCUGAGCGGAUUCAACAUUGUGGCCAUACCUAAAAUCAUGCUGCAUUUUGAAGGAGGUGCCGGCAUUGACUUGGGGUUGCCGGGGAUAAUUGUCACCGAUGGCCUAUCUCGAGUAUGCUUGGCUUUUGCUGGGAAUGACGACCCGGGAAAAGCGGCCAUCAUUGGAAAUAAACAACAGCAGACAUUAGAAGUAGUGUAUGAUGUGCCUGGGGGAAGGUUGGGUUUUGGGAGUGGAGAUUGCAGUACAUGAGAAGUUGAGAACAAAUUCCAUCCAUUAUUCUGGAUCUUGUGAUCUUAAUCAAGCUCUCUCUCUCUCUCUCUCUCAACAUUUUGAAUAAAUGUUUGUUCAUGUAUCUUGAAUCAUUGAAUUGUUCUUGGUUGGUUGGUCCCGUUUAACAAUUGCUAGCUAGGUUCCUGAAA